UGUUGCACGUCCAAAACUAUGCUGGGCAAGCUGUUCCUGUUUUCUUCAGUCUUUACGAGAAGAACGCAAGUCAAGACUUGGCACUGGGCAGGUGCUUCGUGUAAAUAGACUAACUACUCACAAGGCCUUUUGGUACUUGUCAGACCAGGUACUGUGAGGCGCGAGUGGGCUGAGCGCGGCGUUUGCCUUAGGGAGACUAUACGAUCGACCUGCACGAAUCUGAAGAAUGCAUCGUUGCAUGGGUGAUGCGAGAAGACAUGGACAAACCGCACGUGCCGCACCACGACCUGCUCAAAGUCCGGCACGUGCUGCAUAGACGACAGUUCGGAAACACUUAUCGAGCCGCGAAGGCGGCUGUUGGACAAGCGCGAGUUCUCCUGGACUGCUCGACUCCCCCUGCUCGGUGCCGCGUGAGCAAGCACGCCGUCGUACAACCCUGCUCGUUCUGUGUCCAGUGCCGAGAAACCAGCUUGAUCUGCUCUACAUGCGAUACGAAAGGCGGCACAAAGUCUGACGGACAUUCGUUUUACGACCACGAUCUUGUGCGGGUGCAUGAGAAGGAAGAGGCGCCGGUGCUCACUGUCGAGGAACGCAUCUCGGAACUGGAAACUAAGCUCUCGAUGUACCAGCAAUCUGUCGAGGAGCGUCUGCGGGGACUCGAAGGGAACAUGGGCGAGGUCACAAGCUUGCUGAAGCAAAGAUCAAACUCGCACUGCCCGGGCCCACGACCUCAGCAGGCGUCGACUUAGUGAGUAGGUUCUUGAUUAGAUGUGUUGAUCAGAUGGACACAGCGGUUAACUGAGGGCACGCACCGAAAUGACGCUACAUUGUCG